UUUUUCGCGUGUGCUUCCCGCUAAUUGUAAAAGGAUAAAGUUGUUCCAUUCUUGUAAUUCACUCUCCAUACACACACCUGUUCAAGAGCUGCGAGAGAUAUGGCCAUACCCAACACGCCAUUCAAGGUAAUUUUAGGCUCAUCAUCAAUGGCUCGUCGAGAGAUUUUGUCUGAGAUGGGCUAUGAAUUCACAAUCAUGACUGCAGACAUAGAUGAGAAAAGUAUUAGGAAGGAAAAGCCAGAGGAAUUGGUAAUGGUUCUAGCUGAAGCAAAGGCAGAUGCCAUUUUAUCAAGGCUCCAAACUACUGGUCAUUUGGAAGAGGAUGCUUACUCAACACUUCUAAUUACUGCAGACACAGUGGUGGUCUAUGAAGGGAUAAUCAGAGAAAAACCGUCCAGCAAGGAAGAAGCACGCCAAUUUAUCAAAGGCUAUUCUGGUGGUCAUGCCUCAGUGGUGGGAUCUGUACUGGUAAUAAACCUUAGGACGGGUACAAGAAAAGGAGGCUGGGAGAGGGCAGAGGUUUAUUUCCAUGACAUACCAGCUGAGGUCAUUGAUAGCCUGAUUGAGGAAGGAAUCAUUCUCAACGUUGCUGGCGGUUUGAUGCUUGAACAUCCACUGACACUACCCUUGGUUGAUACAGUGAUAGGGACUGCUGAUUGUGUUAUGGGACUUCCUAAAGCUCUCACAGAGAAGCUCAUCCAGGAAGCUCUCUGAAGCUGAUGCAGUUGCACUGAUCUUGACCUCAUUUCAUGUCCUAUUGGUGUCAUUUCACCUAAUUUCAUGUCCUAUUGGUGUUAUUUGAGCUGGAGAGUACUCUACAUUCUUCUGAAUAUUUUAGCCAUAACAUUUCAAGUUGGGGGCAUAAUUUCCUAUGUUUGCUUGGUUUUAGUCUUAAGUUUUUUUGUAUUUGUUUGUCAAUUUUAACAUGCACUGUUGUGAUCUAACACUCACUAAGAUCAACUAUGAUGAUGAUUGCUGUUGUAUGUUAUAAUCAAAACAAUGUUGCACAUUUGUAACUGCCUCUGAAUGGUUUUUGUUUUGUGAAAUUAUAAACAUUAUGACUACUUUCAUA